UACCCAGGGCACUUGGCAGCGGUAGCAGCAGUAGCAUUUGGACUUCUAAGAGGAAGGCAGGAGAGGCAAUGCUCUGAUGGGGACUAUGGAGUUUCAGAAAGACCCCAGUGCAGUAGCUCUAGAAAUGCUCUUGAUAGUCCAGCCUGAGAAGAGGAAGCUGGUGCAGAGGCUGCAGGUAGACAGACAGACGGAGAGCCAUGCUUCACAUCAAAGCGAAGGCCAUGCAGCUCAGAUGCAGCAAGUCAUUACUUCCUGCUCUGCCCAAGGAACCCACGUGACCGUAGAGGUACAUGCUAGAAAUUCCACCCCACAGUUAUUCAAAAAACUCUCCUUUGGGAAAGGUUUUCCAGAGAACAGAAAACGCAGACCCCGUCCACCGGGUUUGAAGGACCAGCACGCUUACCCAUGGGACAAGUCAUGCUUGAAAUCCUUACCUUUUGACCUAAAGGACUUUGAGAAAUUGGAUGCAUAUGCAACAAAGGUGACUGCCAAGAGUACUGUGGAGGAGCUAGUGAAAACCUUGCUUCGCAUAGCACGCACCGACCUGGAAAAGGUUAGGGCCAUUUGGACAUGGAUUUGCCAUCAUAUAGAAUAUGAUAUUGUGGGCUUCUUUAACAAAGACCAGCAGUCUUUCAAGCCCAAGGAUGUUCUCCAGAGCGGAAAGAGCAUUUGCGAGGGAUACGCUGGGCUCUUUGAACAAAUGUGCAGUAUUGCAGGAGUGCAAUGCAUGAAUUUAUCUGGUUAUUCUAAAGGCCAUGGCUACAGGGCUGGGGAGACUUUCACAGGAGAGUAUGACCAUGCCUGGAAUGCCGUUUACCUUGAUGGAAGGUGGCAUUUGGUGGACAGCACCUGGGGAAGUGGCUCCAUUGAUGACUGCUUCAGCAAAUUUACCUUCAGAUACAACGAAUUUUAUUUCCUCACCCACCCCGCCCUAUUUAUUAAUAAUCAUUUCCCAGACAACAGCAAUUGGCAGCUCCUCAAACCAGCUGUGACAUUGAAACAGUUUGAGAGCAACAUGUUAUAUAAGAGUGACUUUUACAUGAUGGGAUUGCUGGCAGCCCACCCAGAAACACCAAUUAUUCAAACAGUAAAUGGGAAAGUAGUAGUAGCUGUGGAGACUCGUUUGCCGAUGCUGUUCAUGUUUGAACUGAAAGGGGCAAAGGAAUAUAGCUUGAUGACUCUGAAGAGGAAUGGGAUGAAUCUGGAGCUCUACCCACAGAAGACGGGGACCCAUAAGCUACAGAUCUAUGCCAAACCAUCCAAGGGCUCAGAUGAAGUCUACAACUGUGUGAUAGAAUAUACAUUAGAGUGUAGCUCUGUAGACAGGAACGUCUGCUUUCCAAAGGAACUUCAUCAACCUGUUGGGCCCAGCUGGUUCUCAGAGAGACAAGGAUUCCUCAAGCCCUCACAAAAAGGCCCAAUCAUUCAUACCAGUGACGGUCGCUACGAUCUCAGCUUCAUCCUUAGUAAGGACUUGAGUGUUUUAGCUUCCCUGCAUUCGGGCAACGUAAGCCUCAGCGAGGAUACAACAAGACGGCACAUCUUGCAAACUUGCCAAGGAAACCAGGUAGACUUUAAGAUCCAUCUUCCUCAUGCAGGGAACUUUGCUUUUAAAAUCUUUGCGAAAAAGAAGUCUGAUCCUGGAAAUUAUAACUAUGUCUUCAACUACCUCAUCUGUUGCCCAAACACCAAGGUGAAAUGGCCAGUGUUCCCCCAGACUUAUAGCAAGUGGGUGGAGGGAUAUGAGCUAGUGGAGCCGCUAGCUGGGUUGGUCCCUGCUGACCGCAACAUUAAGUUUAAACUCAAGCUUCAUAGCAUUGCCAAGGCAUUUGUUCAAUGUGAAAAAAUCUGCCCCUUGUCUUUAAGCAAGGAUGGCUACUGGGAGGGAUCUUGCAGCACAUCAGGCUGCACAGAGGUCUAUGUGAUGGUGCUGGAAAAUGCCAAUCACAAGUACUACUCUCACAUCUUGAAAUAUGAAGUAGAGGCACAGUAGGCCACUCCUACUCUUAUCUGUCCACAUGUG